GGGCUCAGCCCCAGCUGAGCCGGGCAGGAGCUCCCUGCACUGCCGGGCAGGUGCCUGGCACAGCUUCACCCUCGCCGUUGCAGGGAACUGGGCUACAGGAGUCUGCCUGGCAUCACCCAGCUCGUUGUCUUCUUCUGGACUGCAGUGGGUCAGUGCUGUGGCGGCGGCGGGGAGGAGGAGGAAGAGGAUGAAGCAGUUGCUGGAUGGACAUGGCUAUGCCCUGGUCGGGGUGGCGUAUUGCUGAAGGAGAUGGGCAAGCACCGCGCUGCGGGGGCUCCUGACCCCAUCGGCCUGGGAGCUGGUAUGAAACUACGCCGAAGGGAUGAUGGGUCUCCGGGCAGACGCCGGUGCCUUUAAAUCCUACUGCAAGCAGUGCUGAAUGCCACCUCCUGCCCUCUGAGCAGCACCCACGUUGCAGCUGCGGGGGCCUCCCCGGGUGGCUGGGAGAGGGCAGCCGGCUGCCCCGCGGCUCGCAGGACGCGGCCGCCCCAUGGAGCAGGAGCCGGAGCAGGCUGGCGAGGAGGCAGGGCCUGGCCCCAGGCCCCUGCAUGAGGCCAGCGCAGAGGCAAGUGCCUGGAAGCAGAGCGAGAGCCCCCGGCACGCCGCGCCGAGCACGACUCCGGGAUCGGGGGACCAGGCAGCGGCCGUUGAGCCAAGUGACCUGGCUCCGCUCCUGGGAGAGGAGCCUGCUGCUCCCUGGGGUCGCUGGAGCCCGGCGGUGGAGGACCCGGACAAGCCGCUGCUGUGCGGAGCCGCCGAGCUGCCCGCCCGCGGCCGCUGCGGCACCUCUCCGCCGGCAGAGCUGGUCCCUCCAGGCACUGCGGACGCUGUGCCAGCCCCGGAGGCUGGAGGAAGGAUGAGCCCUCCAUCCCUGGGGGGAUCACCCAGCCUGGAAAGCGCCUCCAGCUCCAUCCUGAGCCUCUCCGGCGAGGAGUCGGGCAGCGAGGUGGGGGCGGCAGCGUGCUGCAUCCAGGCGGCAGCGGGCGACGGUGAGGAGGAGUGCCCCAUCUGCACGGAGCCCUACGACGGCCGGCGGCACAAGCAGGCCCUGCUGAACUGCAACCACGUGCUGUGCAGCACCUGCCUCCGCGCCAUCAUGGACGCAGCCGGCAGUGCCGAGUUCGGGCGCGUGCGCUGCCCCAUCUGCCGCCAGAAGACCCCCAUGCUGGAGUGGGAGAUCUGCAAGCUGCAGGAGGAGCUGCUCUUGCUGCACGCCCAGCCGGCCCCGGCCUCGGCCCGGGCUGCGCCCAGCCCAGCCGCGCUGCCGCCCCGGCGCCCGGGCAUCGCCGGCGCCCUGGAGCACCAUUUCCAGGUGCGCUUCCACACCAGCCGCAUGUUCGGCUGCCUGCCCUGCGUGCGCUACCCGCUGUGCCUCAUCCGCGGGCUGGGGCGCCUGGAGCGCCGGUGCCGCUGCUGCUACCUCGUCCUGCUGGCCGCGCUGCUGGCGGCCGAGAUGCUCAGCCUGCUCCUCAUCUUCCUCCCCAUCGUCCUGAUGGUGCUGCUCUUCCUCAUCCUCGAUAAAUAGCCUGCAUCUGGGCUGUGCUGAGCGCAUGGUGAGUGGCCCCAGCGGGCUCUGCGCCACUGGGAGUGGGAGCAGCCGCCCUCCUGCCCUCGCCCUGGGGGCUGGAGUGCUGCAUGGAGAGGAUCUGUCUGAGAGCCAACCUGUGAACCCAGGUGUCCAGGAAGCCUCUCCGCUGUCAGUGAGCCCGGAGCAAGGUGAGACAGCGGAGGAGCCGCGCGAGCCAGGGCGAGGGAGGACCAGAGGCUGGCCAUGGGGCAGGCAGCCUGGGGGCUGGCGCACCGCCUGCACCCAGCACCCGCAGGAGCAGGCGUGCCUCCCGCUGGGCACCGAGCGUCUCGCGGCAGCAGAAGGAUGGCCGGUGCCCUGGCACUGCCAGGCGGAUGCAGGACCAGGGCAAUGAGCCGGCCCUGCCGGCUCCAGCUGCAAAGCCCUGGUGCUGGCCCAGGAGCAGAGCUGGGAAGGCUGGAGGUGCCCGGCUGGCAGAGCGGGGCUGAGCUGGGGGCUCUGCCUCCCCCUCGCCCAGCCCGGGUACUCUAACUGCCCUGCCGCAGACUGAAAAUAUAAAUUGCGUUUGUACCGCA